GUGAAGUAUUUAGUAUUUACUAUUUACUGAUUAGGUAUAUGUAAACAUUUAACAAAAUAAUAAUUAGAAUUACAUUACUGAUGAAAUAAUAGGGAAUAGUAAUUUUAGUGCGAAGAAGAUUAAAUAUAUCACUUUACGACCAAGAAAUUGUCUGAAAUCCCAUUUUUCACCUAAUAUGUAUAUGUGUAGUGACUAGAUAAACACGUAGAAAUACGACAGGAGGAUUUUGCACAAAAAAUCAAACACGAAAAUAAUCUUAAUCGCAUUGCAAGAUUAAGGAAACUAAAAAGGAAGUGCCAUUGGUGCCUACAAUGUCUAAAUUAAAUUCAAAGUAUCUAGUUGUUGGAGGUGGAAUAGCUGGAGUAACAUGUGUAGAAACUUUAGCAAUACUACAUCCUGGCGCUACUCUUACAAUCAUAACUGCAUCUUCUUUAGUCAAAAAUGUUAGCAAUAUUACAUUUUAUGCAAAAACAAUAGUGCAAUUUGAUGUGUCUGAAACUGAAGCAAGCUCCUUAAAAAAAAUUCAUCCUAAUCUUCAUAUUGUUUAUGAUUCUCUAAGACAUUUAGAUACCACAGAUAAAAUUGCAUAUACUGAUGGAGGUGUAGAAAUAACCUUUGAAGUCAUAUGCAUAUGUACUGGGGGUAUUCCUAAACUAAUUUCAGAUUCUAAAAAGUUAAGCAGAAUUUUUGGUAUAAGAGAUACUGAAUCUGUUGAACAUUUUCAGGAAAAGUUAAGAAAUGGACGUAGGAUGGUUGUAGUUGGAAAUGGUGGAAUUGCAUCUGAAAUCAUUCAUGCUACUAGAGGAAUAGAAAAAAUUUGGGUUGUUAGGGAUGAUUAUAUUUCAGCAACAUUUUUAGAUCCAGGAGCAGCUGAAUUUUUACAAGAUUCUCUGAAGAACACUCAAAAGAAACAGAAAAAUACUGUCUUAAGAAGACAUAUUUUCAGUGAAGAGGAUACAUUGGUAUCAGUAAAUAAAAAUCUUAAAUCUGCUGCGUUGGGUCCUGAUUGGUAUAGAAUGUUGGAAAAUGUUAUAAGUAGUGAGGGGAAACAGGAAUUGGAAAUAAUUUACAAAUCAGAAGUUGAAUAUGUUAUAGAAAAAGAAAACACAGCAUACCCUCUUUAUGUCAAACUUUCAAAUGGGAAAGCAAUAGAAUGUGAUUUUGUUAUUUCAGCUACUGGGGUUGAGCCAGCUGUCAACUUUACUUGGGAUGAGAAGCCAGUUUUUGGGAAAGAUGGAGGUAUAGCAGUAAAUGAACUACAACAGUCCUCUAUUUCCCAUGUAUUUGCUGCUGGAGAUGUGGCAAGUGCAUCAUGGGAACAUUCUGCUCAUUGGUUUCAACUCCGACUGUGGACACAAGCUAGGCAAAUGGGGGCAAUGGCUGCAAAGGCAAUGCAUGGCAAAGUUAAUAAAGAAGAUGUUUUGCAAGAUUUUUGUUUUGAGUUAUUUACACAUUGCACUACUCUUUUUGGACACAGAGUAGUGUUACUUGGUAAAUAUAAUGGACAGGGACUUGAUAAAAACUAUGAGAUCCUUGUCCGAGUAACUCAUGGUCAUGAGUAUAUAAAAUUUGUUUUACAAAAUGGUAAACUCCAAGGUGCUAUUUUGAUUGGUGAAACAGACCUUGAAGAAAUGUGUGAAAAUUUAAUACUGGAUCAAAUUGAUCUAACCCCAUAUGGUGACGAUAUUCUUAAUCCUGAUAUAGACAUUGAUGAUUAUUUUGAUUAAAUUAAUUUAAGUCCAAAAUUGCCUUUAGAUUUAUUCCAUUGCUAUUUUUCAGGACAGUGUGAAAUAUGAGGUAUGAUGUUCCAUCUAUAAAUUAUUCGGAGAAAUAAUUGUGGCUAGAUGUUUGACAACAACUGCUGUGUGUUGUCUGUUUAAAUAUUAUUUAAUACUAGCUGACCCGGCACACGUUUUUUUUCCAUGUAUAUUAUUUGUAGGAAACAUUUUUUUAGGUCAAUAAAAAUAAUUAUCUACUUUAAGUGUUUGGAGAUGUACUUAUAACCAAAAGUGUUAUAAACAAUAAAAGAAUGCUUUAUGUAGGGUAAUA